GGAUUCCGUACCGCCCUUUUACUGUUUGACUGACUCUUGUGCAGGAGUGUAGGAGUUCUUACAGAAACACCGAUACUUGCGUCUGAUCUGCAUCUCUAUUCAUCAUUAAACAUAGGAUGAGCUCUUGUGAGUCCAGCAGCAUCACUGUGAUCGGCAGUGGGCUGAUCGGCCGCUCCUGGGCUAUGGUGUUUAUUAGUGGAGGCUACAGAGUAAAGCUCUAUGAUAACCAGCCAGGACAGGCUGCUGUUGCCCUCACUGAGAUCAGGAAGCAGAUGGAGGAGCUUGAGAAGUGUAAGAUGCUGAGAGGAGAGCUGACCUCCAGACAGCAGCUGGAUCUGCUCAGCAGCCAUGACGACCUGUCCCAGGCCCUGGAGGGAUCCUUCUUUGUCCAGGAGAGUGUAUUUGAGCAGCUGGAAGUCAAGCAGCAAGUCUUCCAGGACAUAGAGCGUCUUGUGAGUCCAGACGUUGUCCUGAGCAGCUCCACUUCCUGCCUGGUGCCAAGCAGUGUCUUCUCCAAGGUUCAGAGCAGAAGUCGCUGCCUCGUUUCCCAUCCGGUUAACCCACCCUACUAUGUGAAACUGGUCGAGCUGGUACCUCACCCAGAGACCGCAGCAUCUGUUAUGGAAACCACCUACACUCUGAUGAUGAAGGUUGGUCAGGUGCCCAUCCGUCUGAGAAAAGAGAUCGAUGGCUUCGCUCUCAACAGAGUCCAGGUUGCCAUCAUUGCAGAGUCCUGGAGGCUGGUCCAGGAUGGUGUUAUCUCAGUGAAGGACAUCGACCUGGUGAUGUCAGAGGGGCUAGGAAUGCGUUACGCCUUUAUCGGUCCCAUGGAAACAAUGCAUUUAAAUGCACCUGAAGGUUUGGAAGAUUAUAUAAAGCGAUACGGGGAGGGGUUAAGCAGGGUUCUGGCUUCCUUUGGACCCACACCAGACUUCCUGGCUGAUUCUUCCAGGAGCAUCUAUAAGGAGAUGUGUGAGCUGAUCCCCAGUGACCAGCAGCAUCUGUCAGCCAGGAGGGAGAGGAGAGACCAGCUGCUCAUGGGUCUGUCCAAGCUGAAGAAGGACCAGUGAGGUCAACACACAGGGCCCAGAACAAGAGCUCUUAAAAACCUUCAGGCUGAAAUUAGAACUUCUAAUUUUUAUUUCAUUCACUACAAAUAUGACUGAUUCCUUAGAUGUUCUAUUAUUUGUCAUCAUGAGCUCAUCAUCAAAGCAAUCAGAACUAGAACCAUGAACACAAUGUGCAUGUGAUUUAAAGAAGGCUGUUAUUUUUUAUUUAAAAAAAUCACUACAAAAUAAAGGAUUCCUAUUGAUGCAGCUAA